CCCUGCUGGAGUUGGCUCAGGGCGGUGCUGACUUUACAACUGUCCAAUGUCGACUGUUCCUGAAGUGCUGCUGGAUACUGAAUGCUGUGGCUCGGGAGCUCAAAACCUUUUUUUACCUCCCUCUGAGAGAAGAAGAAGAAAGAGCUCUGGCCCCAAAACAGUCAAGACCUUUCUCAGGUCAGUCUUAAAUUCUUACCUCUCCCAGCACCUGCUUCUCAAGCCCUGAGGAUUUCACUGAGCCAAUUUAAUGCUGGUGGUCAGACAGUUUAAACCCAUUAGCUCCCAGCUAUCUGAAUAAUUUUCUCCUGGGCUGCCAGCACACAGGCAGACUGCUCUAACCAGAACUGCAGAGCACUGCCACAGGACCUGGACCUUUGCUGACUGCUGUGGCCUGUGUGGUGAGCACUCAAGGGCUGACGAAAAUGCCACUGGCGAGAUCCUUGUCCAUGACAUCUCUGAAUGGGCUUCCUCAGUGUGAGGAUGAAGACCUGCCCGUGGAGGAUUUGUUGCUCUUUGAAAUUUCCUGGGAAGUUACCAACAAAGUGGGAGGCAUUUACACUGUGAUCCAGACAAAAGCCAAAACUACAGCAGAUGAAUGGGGUGAAAACUAUUUCCUGAUUGGCCCCUAUUUUGAGCAGAAUGUGAAGACUCAGGUGGAAUUCUCUGAACCUCCAAACCCUGCAGUUAAGAAGGCAAUGGACACCAUGAAAAGCCAAGGGUGUCAGGUCUUUUUUGGAAGAUGGCUGAUAGAGGGCAGCCCAUAUGUCUUACUGUUUGAUAUAGGAUCAGCAGCUUGGAACCUGGACAAGUGGAAAGGUGAAUUUUGGGAAGUCAGCAACAUAGGAAUCCCUUUUCAGGACCGAGAAGCCAAUGAUGCUGUGAUUUUUGGAUCAUUAACAGCCUGGUUUUUGAAAGAGCUUUCCUGUCAGUUUGAUGACAAGCCUAAUAUAAUUGCCCAUUUCCAUGAGUGGCAGGCAGGAGUGGGUUUAAUCCUGUCUCGAUCACAGAAACUCCCUGUCGCCACAAUUUUUACUACCCAUGCAACUCUGCUAGGGAGAUACUUGUGUGCAGCCAGUAUUGACUUUUACAACAACCUGGACCAGUUUGACAUUGACAAGGAGGCUGGAGAGAGGCAGAUUUACCAUCGGUACUGUAUGGAGCGGGCAUCUGUACACUGUGCCCACGUGUUCACCACAGUCUCUCAGAUCACAGCUACAGAAGCAGAACAUAUGCUUAAAAAAAGCCCUGAUGUUGUCACCCCAAAUGGCUUGAACAUUAAGAAAUUUUCAGCAAUGCAUGAGUUUCAGAAUUUGCAUUCCAUGUACAAGGCUAGGAUCCAAGAGUUCAUUCGAGGUCAUUUCUAUGGCCACCUUGACUUCGAUCUUGACAAGACUUUGUUUUUCUUCAUUGCUGGGAGAUAUGAAUUUUCAAACAAAGGAGCUGAUAUGUUUCUAGAAGCCUUAUCAAGAUUAAACUUUUUGCUGAGGGUUCACAAGACUGAUGUUACAGUUAUUGUGUUCUUCAUCAUGCCAGCAAAGACCAACAAUUUCAAUGUGGAAACCUUGAAAGGACAAGCAGUCCGUAAGCAGCUCUGGGACACUGCACAAUCUGUGAAAGAAAAGUUUGGAAGAAAGCUCUACAAUGCCUUGCUGAAAGGAGAAAUCCCAGACUUGAACAAGAUUCUUGACCGAGAUGACAUAAGCAUUAUGAAAAGAGCCAUCUUUUCAACUCAGAGACACUCUCUGCCUCCAGUGACCACCCACAACAUGAUUGAUGACAGCAAUGACCCAAUCCUCAACACCAUCCGGCGCAUUGGGCUGUUCAACAACCGCACAGACCGCGUGAAAGUGAUCCUACAUCCGGAGUUUCUUUCUUCAACAAGCCCCUUGCUGCCCUUGGACUAUGAGGAGUUUGUUAGAGGCUGCCACCUUGGUGUAUUCCCAUCUUACUAUGAACCCUGGGGCUACACUCCAGGGAUCUACAUCGUGGACAGGAGGUUCCGCUCGCCGGACGAGUCGUGCAACCAGCUGACCCAGUUCCUGUACGGGUUCUGCCAGCAGAACCGGCGCCAGAGGAUCAUCCAGAGGAACCGCACUGAGCGUCUCUCGGACCUCCUGGACUGGAAAUACCUGGGCAGGUAUUACAUGCAUGCCAGACACUUGGCCCUCAGCAGAACGUUCCCAGAUAAAUUUGAGAUGGAACCAAGUGCUCCACCAAAGACGGAAGGUUUCAGGUUCCCCAGGCCUUCAUCAGUGCCGCCAUCACCCUCUGCCUCCCAGCAUUCUAGCCCCCACCACAGCGAAGCCGAGGACGAAGAUGAGGAUGAGAGAUACGACGAGGAUGAGGAAGCUGAAAGGGACAGGCAGAACAUCAAGUCCCCCUUUUCCAUUGGAGCCUUGCCACAAGGAAAAAAGAAGCAGCAUGGAGAAUACAGGAACUGAACUCAUUGCUCUCAUCCUGGCAUUGCUCCCCAUCCACUCAACAGUUUCUCCUGUAGGCUUGGCAAGCUUUGUGUUAAGGACAGUGUGAUUUAAUUAGGGGAACCAUAAAUGUUACUUGAGCUACA